UUAAAGGAUAUUGUCAGUAAUUGCUACGAACCUCUUUCCGUACAUUUUAUCUACAAGUCUUUGCUGGAUGGAAUAGAGAAGUGCAAAAAAUGCUUUGAUUUGUUGUACGUAGUAGCUCUGUUCUACAAAAUUCCUAUAGCAUUGGCUACUUCUUUCAACGCGAUUAGAGACAUAAAGUACAAUAUAAAAUCUUUCGAUUCCUCGUUUGUAUAUAUGCAUUGGGCAUUCCAAUAUUUGUUCAUUGUGAUAGUGCCAGCUGUGUUGGCAUCACGACUUGCUCACGAGGUCGACAAAAUUAAGAUAAUACUGCACGAGAAACUAUUACUAGAAACUGCUGUGGGCAACAAAGCGGUGGCCAUCAGGAACUUUCUCCUGUACAUCGACGCGCGUCCCAUGAGGUUCUACAUCUGCGGCGUCGUCCCCCUCAACUGUUCCUUCCCCUUCGUCAUUCUCAACGUUUUCGUCACUUACUUGAUUGUCGCCGUGCAGUUCUCGCACAUUUAUUAA